UUUAAAGACUUGCUAAAAUAGUGAGCUUGUUGUUGUUAUGACUGGGYAAUAAAACCAGCAGAAAACAGACCGCGACGUAAGGAAAAUGCAUAACGAAUAGAUGGCAAAAAUACAUUGCUASCACAGACUCGUUGGGGGCAGGUUCUGGGCAGACUGCUAUGGGAAGAUAAAACAACAAACAGUCUUUCAGACGCCCCCCCCGUUCUAAUAACAAAGCCACUUUACAGCCCUCAAUAACCGGGAGUCACACCAUUGCAUUUGCUGUAAGAACCAGUUUGUUCUGCAUGAUUCAUUACACACUAGGCUACUACUAGGUUGGUUCCAACCGGCUACCAACUUCUCCUCCAGGACUGCUGAACAACCACCGUGCUGCUUUGUUUUUUUAUUCUGCACGUGUUGUCAGUAUGGCUCAACUGAAGUUAUCACUUUGCGUGUUGGUGUCUAUUUCUUUCGCCUCGGUUUUGACCACAGACAGCUCCAUUCAGUUUGCGUCCGAAAGUCUCAGUUCCUCAUCGUUUCYCUCGGUGUGUAAGCCCAUCCCCAGCACACUUUCUUUGUGCCACGGCGUCGGUUACGGGGAUAUGCGGCUGCCCAACUUGCUGGGGCACGACUCGUUGAAAGAAGCCCAGCAACAGUCGGCCGCCUGGCUGCCGUUGGUCUCCAAACUCUGCCAUCGGGAUACCAAGAAGUUCUUGUGCUCGCUCUUCGCCCCYGUGUGCCUACCGGAGGGGCCCGUGCGCCCCUGUCGUGGGCUGUGCGAGGCUGUGAGGGACGGUUGUCUCCCUGUGAUGAGCGCGUUCGGGUUCCCGUGGCCCGACAUGUUCAACUGCACACAGUUCCCGCGCGGGGUCCAUCUCUGUAUUCCCACCACGACCCAAGACACACAGCGUGCGCGGAAGGGAGAGGAAGCGGGUCACGAGGAGGCAUCAGAGGGAACAGUGAUCUGUGAUGCAUGCAGUCUGGCUGCUGAGGGAGAGAUAGACAACCAGAACAAGUUCUGCAAGAGUCCAUAUGUCUUUAAACUGCGUAUCGGGAGUGUGUCUGUGGAAGGGGGUGACUGCAGGUUAGUCCCUCUGGGCCGGAGUCGCAUCCUGAGGUGGGAGGGUGGAGGCACGGAGAGGGCUGAGGGCGUCGMGGGGGCAAUGGCCUACAGUGCCCUUUGGCUGCAGGAAGGGGGUACCUGCACCUGUCCUGCCCUGGAGGAGGCAAAUGGGGGAGAGGGGAAGGGGUCCGUGGCAGGGGUGUGGUACCUGGGCCUUGCUGACACACAGGAGGGCAGGUUGGUCCUCACUAGGCUGGUGAGAUGGAGGAAGGGGGACAAAGAACUCAAGAAGUUCAUCAGGAGACUGCUCAAACAAGCCUGCUGAUGCUGUCAUCAAACAAGCAUAGAGAGACUUUCRAAUUUGGCCAAAUGGAUGCGUAUGAGAGGACACCACAGCCCUGUUACAUUUCAGCCUCUAGGRCUAGACCCUAUCCCUUCAAUAUCCCUUUCAUAUUCAUAUCAUCUAGCUCUGGAGAAGUCGUGCCUUCAUCAUAGGGCUCCAGAGUGGCGCAGCGGUUUAAGACACUGUAUCUCAGUGCAAGAGGUGUCACUACAUUCCCUGGUUCAAA